AUGAUAAAUGGCGAUGGCUUGCUGCGUGUUUUCUGGCCGAAUGAUAUACCACGCUCAUCGUCGCCCGGUGUUAUCAUCGGCUGGCGCAAUUCGGACUUGGACCUGUUCGUCGUAACUGUGCUAGAAGAUGUUGAGCCAAAAAGCGUCGAUAAUGCGCUGCGUACGGGCGUCUUGUUUCGCAACUGCCCUCACCCGAUCGCCCAGCUUUUUGUUCUCUGUGGAAAAUCAGCGAUGCAUGUUCUAGGCUCAACCAACCCAAUUGAAUCGCCAACAACUUUCGAUGCCGGUCAUCUUUCAGUGACUACAAAUACCUCUUAUAAGAUACCCCGUGUGUUCUGUCCUCCGCAAACGAAUAUCUCGGUUCAAGUGAUUAUGUUCAAUCGCCCUCAUCCGACCCGCAUGCAAUAUAUGUCAUUGGAGCCGAUAUCAUUAGCUUUGGCCGAUAAACAAUCGAAUCAUGGAAAGGACCUGUCUUCUGCCCCGAUAGAUGCGGAGGAAGAAGAGGAGAAAGUUCGGUCGAAGAAAUUGAUCGAGAAACUGAAGUGGCAUACGGUCGUCCGCCAUGUCCCGUCCCAGAAGGAGGUUGCGCUGCCUAUUAUCCUGAAUCAGGUGAAUUGUGCAUUUGAAGUUGCACAGCUCAUUGAGAAGAACAGCCGACUAAUUGGGACGCGCGCAAAGAGAAGCAUGAGUGUCAGCGAACGUGUCGUGGAAUCUGCUACCACAAUUUGGGACUUCUUUGUCGAUGUCUUCUGGCAAUGGAUUUGGCCAGUUCUUACGAGCUGUUUUGUCUUUGGUCUAGUCUGUCAUCGGGCAGUUGCUGAACUAGUCCUACGUAUGCUUGAAUGGCGAGCUCGUCCUGAUGCUGCGGCUCUCAAGGAUAUAUCCGCCACUGCACAGCAGGUUGACAUUCGACUACAACAGUUUUGCUACUGGCCUAUACAGUACGUCAAACUUCGACAAAGAAAAGACAAUUGGGAGAGUGUCACGACCAGUCACCCAGAUUACAUUCGUUUUUACAACUCGUUGUGGCUUGUAGCCAACGAUGUCAUUAUUGGUAUUGCUUUGGGCUCUUAUAUUAUCGAUAACGCGCAAUGGGUAGCCAGUCAAAUAGACUACUUAAUCACAGACUGGACAGUCGAAGGCUUACAGCGAACCAUAUCAUGGCUAAUGGGAUGGCCAGCCGGUUUGAAGCUGAAUAAUGAAUUAGCUGCAUUCCUGGGAGAUCUCUUUCUCUGGGUCAUUGAACACUGGGCCGCCUGUAUCGCCAACCUACAACCAUAUUUACCACACCUAAUAUACAUCAUUGGAUGCUCGAGUUUCGCCGGUGCCAGCAUGCCAAUCGCUCUAUUCUCCGAUUUACUUUCGAUCAUUACCAUCCACAUUUAUUCAUUCUACAUAGCAUCGGCUCGCAUCUUUAAUUGGCAACUUAGUAUUAUAAUAUCCCUUUUCCACCUCUUCCGCGGAAAGAAACGGAACGUCCUUCGCAAUCGAAUCGAUUCCUGCGACUAUGAUCUCGACCAGCUUUUACUCGGGACGAUCCUAUUUACCGUUUUAUUCUUUCUUCUUCCGACAGUCGUUGUCUUUUAUCUCGCAUUUGCAUCGGCGCGGAUGUUGAUUAUUUCACUCAAGGCGGCGCUGGAUACGUGGCUGGCAUUUUUGAAUCACUUUCCCUUGUUUGCAUUGAUGCUGCGUGUCAAGGAUCCAGGGCGUUUACCUGGAGGUGUCUAUUUCUCGCUACGAGAAGAAGUUAUCAAACCAUCAUCCAAACAAAAAGGUGCAGAGGCAAUCAGAAUAUCCUACAUCCAUCUCGAGUCCAUGCCCCUCUCCCUCCGCGCCAUGUUCGACCAAUACUUCCAGCUCGGCCAUCGCCUCCGUAAACACUACCUAUCACCAAGUGUCAUCCUGUGCCUCGUCACCGGCCGCUUUGUACCUCCCAUCCAUCGCCGCAACCUCUACAGUAUGCAAUACAGCAUGCUCCCAGCCCAUCGUGCAGGUAUGUUUGAGGUCUGGAAUCGACUGACGGAAAAGAAGAGCACAUCCAAUGGCUCAAGUGGUGGUCGAGGCAUGAAUGGUGGUAUGGGGAAUGGGCUUGUCAAGGUUCCGUCUAGUUAUAUGUCUAAUGGUGGUGGUCGGCGUGGCCAUCGAUGA